UUUACAGCUAUUUGCUACUUAUUAUUGUAUAGCUACAGAUGGAUACGAAACUAUAAGUAUCUCUCGGAUACAGUUGAAUAACUACUGAGAACGAGUGUAUCUACCAUCUUUCAGUUGAAUAAGUAACUUGGGAUUGACACGCCAGAGCUGUUGCAUAAAGCGAAUUUUUGUAAUAUACGUGCAUUAAGAGAGAACCGAGAAUUGCAUGUGCAAUCAGUGGAAAGUAGCGUAAAAAAUGAAAAUAUUGACAAGGAAUAAGCAGUGGGCCAGUGCAUUUCUCUCUGUGUACAUCUUCUGCGGGUCUCAGCUGCGGUCACACACAACAGCGAACGAAAUCUUUACCGCUGCCACAAUUGGCAGGCACUUGGAAGUCCGGGAGCGGUUCCUAAAGGGGAGCGGGGAGUCGCGGUUUUGCAGCUCGGAGGACCAGAGGAGCGGACAGCCGGAGAACCGGAGGCGGAGCAGCUGGAGGAGGCCACUUGGUCGCGACCACAGAAGUGACUUAACUCGUUUUAAGCCUUCUCAUAUGCUCGUCGUUUUUGUCUCUCUCAGUUGCCUGCAUCUAUUUCAUUUCAAACUCCACUAGACAUGCCACAACGAUGACACUUGACUGAAUAUUUAUGGC